AGCUCACUCUCCAAAUUCUUUUCUCUACAUCUUUAUCCGUACCGUUUUACUCUCACUUGAAUCGCCCUGACCCUCCUAGAAAAUGGCUUGGGCAUCUACUCACACUCACAUUGCCGCCACCAUUUUUCUCUUCUUAUAUCUCCUCCAACCAACUCCUGUCACUCCGACUGUCAAUCUCCUAGUCGGUGUCACCCAUCUUGCCAUGGUAUUGUUGCUCUACCAAUUCCCUCCUAAUAUUUUGAGGAGCAGCUUUUUGAAUUGUUGUCGUCACCUUCAGAGAUUCACAUCCAGGUCGCACGCUAGCUCUCGUAUGCAACUCUACGACGAUUUACUUCUCAACAGGUUUGAAUUUUUUUGUCUCUUUAUGUAGAUUUGUCCUUAAUCUCUUGUUUCAAAGUGAAUUUUUGUUUGCAUUUGUGGUGAUUUGGUGUUGAAGGUAUUAUACUACGCGCCUCUGGUUCGUUACACCACCUCAACAAUUUGCUAUUAAUGUUGAAACUAGGAGUACUAUUACCUAUGUCCCCUGUGCUACUUGUGAGCAGUACAGCAGACAUCAGGGUACAAUAUUUUUACAAGAGACAGGUUGCUGAGAGGAGUUCAAGCAGUGGUGUUCAUUCUCAUUAUGAAAUGGUGGGAUGGAUAUUGGCGGGGAUGCUAUGGUUCUUGAUGACAGAUAUCCAUAGCAAACAUGGUCUUUGCUCAUCCAGACCCUCUGCGCAGGGGUUGUUGAGUCCUUGGUUAACAGUGGGAAACAAAUCAAUGCCGUACAUUUCAUUGAUGCCUUGCAGCUUACUGAAAGCUUUCCCCCUUUUCCCCACUUGAAGACAUA